AUGGUAAAUUCUGCCCCUGUCACCUUCAGGACUCAGGCAAAUGCUCUUAUCAGGAAGAAUUUAACUUUCCAGAAACGGAACGUGAAGACCAACAUUCGGCUUAUUUUGUUCCCGAUGAUCAUUUGCGUCUUGCUGGUUCUUGUUCAAAGUCUAAUCGACAUUGAAUUGGAUAAAUCAAAGUACAAAUGUGGCUGCAUCUGUGUCAACAACAAAACAAGAUGUGAUGAUUCAGAGAAGGUUUGUGGGGUUCAAUAUUCUGAUCAGAUUCAAGUUGAAACCUGUGCUGUUCCUAAUCCACCUGAAUGGCCUCCUCUCUUGCAACUUCCUGCCGUGUCAUGCAAGACAACUGCCUCUUGUUCUUUUACCAUGCUCUUCACAGCCAACAAUCACUCCUUUGGACAGAGUGUAUCUAAAAAUAUGUUCCCAAGUGCCUUAACUAUGAAUUACUCUGAUAACAUGGCUAGUUUGGCACCAAAUGUGCUGGGAUCUGAAUCAAUGACUGAAGUCAACAAUUUGCAUGAACCUGCUUUCACUUUAGAGCUUCCCAUUUAUUAUUUACAAACUCAGUGUCCUCAAAACAACUCAGGAUUCUCAUUUCCCUACCAGAUAGCAGCCACUACUGAGCAUCAAGAAAUUAAAUGUGCUCAAGGUAUACAUUCAUGGCGUAACAGUUCUUCUGAGAUCGACACUGAUUUAUACAAAGGUUAUCAUAGAGGUAAUUCAGAAGGACGAAUCAAUGAGAUAUUUUCAGCUUUUGAUUUUCUAAAUUCAAAUGGGGAUGAAUUCAAUGUUACUGUAUGGUACAAUUCAACCUACAAGGAUAACACUAAUUUGGCCCCUACAACAUUGUUGCGAAUUCCUCGUUCGGUAAAUCUGAUAUCGAAUGCGUACUUGCAGUUUCUGCGUGGACCUGGUACGAAAAUGAUAUUUGAGUUUGUAAAGGAAAUGCCAAAACCUGAGACCCCAUUUAGGAUUGAGAUAGCUUCUCUCCUUGGCAGUUUGUUCUUUACAUGGGUCGUCCUGCAGCUUUUUCCAGUUGUUCUAACAUCACUGGUUUAUGAGAAGCAACACAAAUUAAGAAUCAUGAUGAAGAUGCAUGGUCUUGGAGAUGGGCCAUAUUGGACUAUUUCAUAUGGUUAUUUUCUUGCCUUAUCAAUGAUUUACAUGUCGUGUUUUGUGAUAUUUGGCUCAAUCUUAGGAUUUAAAUUCUUCACCUUGAAUGACUACAGCAUCCAGUUCGUGUUCUAUUUCAUCUAUAUAAACUUACAAAUUUCACUGGCAUUUCUGUUAGCUUCCUUUUUUUCGAAUGUUAAGACUGCUACAGUAACUGCAUAUAUAGGCGUCUUUGGGACCGGGCUAUUAGCCUGCUUUCUUUUCCAAUUUUUAGUUCAAGAUACAUCGUUUUCAAGAGGAUGGAUCAUUUGUAUGGAGUUGUAUCCCGGGUUUGCUUUAUAUCGUGGGUUAUAUGAGUUUUCACAGUCUGCCUCCGGUGGCAAUAAUUGGGAGACUGAUGGUAUGCAGUGGAAGGAUCUGAAUGACGGCGUCAAUGGCAUGAAAGAGGUCUUAAUUAUCAUGUUUGCUGAGUGGAUAGUAGUACUUUUUGUUGCUUAUUACAUUGAUCAAGUAUCGUCAACAGGAAGUGGAAAAAGUCCUUUAUUCUUCUUGAAAGGAUUUCAGAAAAAAUCUCUACCAUCAUCGAAGAAGCUCAAUAUUCAAAGGCAAGGUUCAAAAGUUUUCGCUCAGAUGGAGAAACCCGAUGUCAUUCAAGAGAGGGAGAUGGUGGAGCAGCUGCUACAUGAACCAACCAUUAAUCAUGCCAUUGUCUGUGACAACCUAAAAAAAUUCUAUCCAGGAAGGGAUGGAAAUCCAGGGAAAUUUGCAGUGAGAGAAUUGUUCCUUGCGGUGCCUCGAGGAGAAUGCUUCGGUAUGCUUGGUCCAAAUGGUGCUGGGAAGAGUUCUUUUAUCAGUAUGAUGAUCGGUCUCACAAAGCCAACAUCUGGUGCGGCAUAUAUCCAAGGCCUAGACAUAAGAAAUCAUAUGGAUGGAAUAUAUACUAGCAUGGGAGUUUGCCCACAACAUGACUUGCUGUGGGAAAGCUUGACAGGUAGAGAGCACCUAAUUUUUUAUGGAAGACUUAAAAAUCUUACAGGUUCAAUCUUGACUGAAGCAGUAGAAGAAUCUUUGAAGAAUUUAAACCUUUUCCGCGGAGGGGUUGCGGAUAAGCAAGCUGGAAAAUACAGUGGAGGGAUGAAGAGGAGGCUUAGUGUUGCAAUUUCAUUGAUUGGGGACCCCAAAGUUGUUUAUAUGGAUGAGCCAAGUACUGGAUUAGACCCUGCUUCAAGGAGAUGCCUUUGGAAUGUUAUCAAGCUUGCGAAACGGGAUCGUGCAAUCGUUUUAACCACACAUUCAAUGGAAGAGGCAGAAGCUUUAUGUGAUCGAUUAGGUAUAUUCGUAAAUGGUGGCUUGCAGUGCGUAGGAAAUCCAAAAGAGCUGAAAGCCAGACAUGGAGGAACUUAUGUGUUCACAAUGACAACAUCUUCGGAUCACGAGAAGGACGUGGAGAACAUGGUACAACAGCUCACGCCAAACGGCAACAAAAUAUACCGUCUCUUUGGUACGCAGAAAUUUGAAUUGCCAAAAGACGAUGUAAAAAUAGCGAAUGUAUUCGAAGCUGUUGAAGUUGCAAAAAGAAACUUUACUGUUUUUGCAUGGGGUUUAGCUGAUACCACACUGGAAGAUGUCUUCAUCAAAGUAGUACGUGAGGCUCAGGCAUUUGAUACCUUUUCAUAA